AUGUUCACUUCCUGUUUGUGUCGUCUGAGGAGGAGGGGCCACGCGCUCCUGCCUGUAGGCUCCGCCCCCAUGGAGAAGGAGGUGGAAUGGGAGGUGGAGGAGGCGGGCGGAAGUUCGCAACAACAACAGCAGCAGCAACAGCAGCAGGGGGUAGCCUCAGCCGCCGUGUGGGCCAGUCCCGCCUUCUUGUUCCGGCUGGUUUUAUCGCUGGCCCUGCUGGUGUUCCCCUGUCCCGCCGUAGCAGCCCGAGUUUCCUCCUCCCUCAGCACCACCCACCACGUCCACCACUUCCACAACAAGCAUGGCACCGUGCCCAUUGCUAUCAACCGGAUGCCCUUCCUCACACGCGGGGGACACGGUAAGGAAGUCCCUUGUCCAUAUGCGGAUUUAUUUGUUUGUUGA